GACUCGGGCGCUGGCAGCGCAGCGAGGUUCCCGGGGCGGGACCGGGCUGGGAGCGGGUCCAUGGGCCGAGUCCUGCCGCGCUGCGGGGCGCCGCUGGGCCUGGCGCUGCGCCUGCUGAUGCUACUGGGGGCUGUAGCCCUGCGGGGGGGCCACUCCCGCCUGCACUCCAGGCGCGUAUUGGACACGGUGGUGUCAGAGCCCGGCCCGGGGCUGCCCUGGUACAGCCGUGUUGUGUACGUGGACGAUCAAGUCAUCUACGUCUACACCAGUGGGAUGCAGAAGGCAGAGCCUCGCCCAGUGUGGAUGGCGCAGAACGAGGGCCCGGAGUUCUGGGAGGAGAGGACCUGGUGGGCACAGCGCCACCAGAAAUGGUUCAAAGCGAGUUUGAACACCCUGGGUCAGCUCUACAACCAGAGUGAGGGGUUUCACAUUAUCCAGAUGAAAUACGGCUGUGAUCUCCGGGAAGACAACACCACUUGGGGGUUUUACCAGGAUUCCUAUGACGGGCGAGACUUUCUUACCUUCGAUAUGGAGACCAUGACUUUAGGAGCAGCAGAUAUUGGGGCUCAGAUCACCAAGAGGAGAUGGGAUGCUGAAGUAUUUGACAACCAGCAGUGGAAACGCUACUUGGAGGAGAGAUGUAUCCCCUGGCUAAGACGUUCUCUAGAGUACGGGAAGGAGACUCUCCAGAGGAAAGUGCACCCAACAGCUAGAGUGAGUGACAGGUCAUCUCAUGACGGCCUCACCACCCUCUCCUGUAAGGUCAGUGGGUUCUACCCCCGGGACAUCACCGUGACCUGGCUGAGAAAUGGGGAGAGCAGACAGCAGGUGACCUACUCUGAAGGCAUCCUACCCAGUGGGGACGGGACCUACCAGACCUGGGUGGCAAUGGAGAUUGAUCCCACGAUCAAAGUCCAUUAUUCAUGUCACGUGGAGCAUGAAAGCCUGUUAGAGCCACUCUCUGUCCCCUGGGAACCAAAUAACAGUCUGAUUCCCGUUGUGGCUGGAGUUAUCACUGCAGUUGUCCUGGUUGGUGUUAUAAUCGGAGUAGUCGUCUGGAAAAAGAAACGCCCAGGGAGAAAGGGAGACGCUACGCUGUAGCUCAGGCAAAUGACCAGGGAUCUAGUGGCUCUGCCGUGGCUGCCAAGGCUUAACAGAGCCUGUUGGAGUCUGUGCCACAACCUGAGGGGAUCCCAGAGAGGAAGAUGGAUGAGCUCUGCUCUGUCUCCCUACAAGAACCAAUCAGCCUCUCCCUAGCUUUUGCCUGGCACUUGGAGCGUCCCGUGUGGGAUUUCUAGGCUCAUCUCUCUGCUCACUGACCCCUUUUUGCUUUUCAGAUGUAAUAGUUUUCUGUAAUAAUGUUUUAUAUGCAGAAAAUAAUUUCCAAAAAUUUAAUGGAUAAAAACCCCUUUAGUAAGAGUUUAGUAUUUGCUACCUUUAGUGUGUGCACUCAGUGCUCUGUGCUGUGCUGUUUGCACACCCUGUACCAUACGCUAGAUAUGUGAGCAGUAACUGCUUGUGUUUAUAUGGUGGGGGAUGUAUUUUUUUUCUGUAGAAUUUCAUGAUUAUAAGAUGGUAAAUGCCCUUGUAAACUCACAGCUGGUAGCGCUGUUGCCAUCCUCAGCUGAGGACGUCUGUUGGACAGGAAUAAGUGUCUGCGAUUAGUUUAUAAGUGCCUCUAAUGUCCUUUUCACCAUUCACAGAGCCAUAGAAAUGCUGGGCUAGUAGGGACCUCAAGAGGUCAUCAAGUCCUGCCCAUGAUCUCGGGUACCACCUAGUAAACCUAGACCAUCCCUGACAGGUGUUUGUCCAACCUGUUCUUAAAAGCCUCCAGUGAUGGGGAUUCCACAGCCUCUCUAGGCAACCUGAAGUGGAGCAUUUUUCUAACGUUGCAUAUGUAUACUGUGUGUGCCUUAGUUUCCCCCAUGUGCUGCAUGUCUAGCCAAGGUGGGAGGGGGCGUCUAUUGUUGCAGGGAACGAGGUGUGACCCAGUCCAGCAGCCUGAACCCCAGACCGUGGCCUGAACACUUUGUAACUUAGCGACUGAUGACCCAAAGGCCCAUCCCAACUUGGAGCCAGACAGUUAUGGGCAGCAGAGAGAACAAAAAGCUGAAGAGAGAGUCUUUGCCUAGGAAAGAAGACAAAGGAUGGAGGUGGGGCCUUGGAGGUGACACAGGGUGGGCCGCAGAAAGGAGGAGUCACUUCUGGGCUGGGAACAAAGAGCGGCCUGAGCCCAUCUGGACGGGGACAGACCCAGAUGGACGCCCCUGAGAACGUCUUGUGCUGUGCUCCAGACGUACAAUAAACACUUCUGUGUUGCACUGGCUGAGAAUCACUGCAGGCUAGAGAGAGGCAGGCAUGCUGAAGGCUUAGAUGUGCAGUACUGGGAGGCGGAGGAGAAGCCUACAGCUUAAACCCCGAGCAAAGAGUGUGACCUUACGUAGGGUCAGUACUCUAAAGGGCAGUUCCUUCCAGGGACCAUACGGAGCCAAGAGAGCACUGGCCUGUGAGUCUGUGACAACCUGUUCCACAGUGAACUGUCCUUAUAGCUAGAACGUUUUUCCUAAUGUCUAACCUAAAUUCCCCCUUCUCCUACUAUCAGUGCAAUUGGAGAACAAUUGAUCACCGUCCUCUUCAUAGCAGCCCUUAAUGCAGGGGUAGUUAAUUAUUUUUUGUCAAGGUCCAAAUUUCUUGGUCCAGAUAUAGUCACGGUCCAGACUCAAGAGAAACAUUUUUCACACCACAAGUGCCCGUGUUCAAUGAACACAUACAAUGCUGUGAAAUAUACCCAGGGCCUAUAUUGUUUAUAUUUUAGUGCAUUAAAUGAAAAAUAAAACCAAACCCUUGUACAGCCUAAAAUAACCUCUAAGAAAGAUGUAAUUUAUCUGAAACUUUGAGAAAGUAUUUAGAAAAAUGUCAAAUACAUGCAAAUAUUAGCAUAAAACUGUUGCCUGAAAGUAUUUUUAAAGUUUUGUAUGAGUUUUAUCAAAUCCAAUUAUUGUAGGCAUAUCUGCAUAUAGAUAGAUAAACAUAUU